AUGGCUCGGAGUCAGGACAUGUUCGAUGCCAUCGUGAUGGCAGAGGAAAGGUUUCAUGGAGAGGGCUACCGGGAAGGCUAUGAAGAAGGCAGUAGUAUGGGUGUAGUUGAAGGAAGGCGGUACGGCACGCUCCAUGGAGCCAAAAUUGGAUCUGAGAUCGGAUGCUACCGAGGCUUUGCUCUUGUGUGGAAGUGUCUCCUGCACAGGUGCCCCGCCGAGAAAGACAGCAAAAAGGUGAAGGUCCUGGACUCGCUGCUUGGAAUGAUUCAGAAGUUCCCCUACGAUGACCCUACUUACGAUAAACUCCAUGAAGACUUAGACAGAAUCAGAGGAAAGUUCAAACAGCUCUGCUCAUUACUGAAUGUCCAGCCCGACUUCAAAAUUCCCGCGGAAGGUUCCGUGCUGUCGUUUUGA